GUAGUGGUACCGGUUGUGCAAAAAUUUUCCAUCUCUUGUUAACAGUUUAUUUUCUACUAAAAUUAAUGUUUUAUGUUUAAGAAUAUUUUAUUUAUUAAUUUAAUUUAAAUAUAUACAAAAAAAAAAAAAACAAUGUCUGAUUCCGAAGAAGAUUGGUUUAACAAAGAUGAAGAUGAAAUUGUCAAAAGCAUUAAAAAGAAAGACGACAAACCACCGGUUGAAUAUAUUGAAGCUGCCACAAAUUAUGAACCCAUGUAUGAUUUUUCUAGUUCCAAUGUAUCCUCGUUGUCAUUUAAAAAACUCAAACUCAUGGCCGAAAUGGAUUUUCUCGAAGCAUUCCUCGAAGUUGGCACAACCGAGUUUCUACGCAGUUUCAAUGUCAACACAAAGAUCGAUUCGAUUAUUCUAAUUGUCAAGAUCUUUGGCAAUCUGGCGCGUCUGAAUCGCCAAUUGCCUGAUUUCAUAUCCGAUUGUAUGCAUGUGUUUGUGGAAGACGAAUGUCUCAAUCGAAAUAUUAGCAAUUUGACCAAGAAACUAUUUGGCCCGUCUCAUUCGAAGAUGUGGAUUGAGAGUAAAAUUGAUAUUAUCGAUGUGACUGGGGAUUUGAUAUUGAUCUUUGAGAGAGCUUUUGAGUUUGGUUUGCAAAAUGACAAACUGAAGAAACUCAUUGACCACAUUGUGGCAGUGUUGGCUUCGGUUAAGCAAAUUGAUAAAGUUGCUGAUUUUAAGGAAAAGAUUUUUGAGUUGCAAAAGAGAUUUAAGGAACCGAUUGAGAAGAGGAAAGCAGAAGAUUCAGAUAUAUUUCCAACUUUGGAAGAUUUGCAUACGGAAAAGGUUACUCUUCUUAAACCAAACAUUGUCAAUGGUAAAUAUGCUUCGGUCGAGGAAUACCUUAGCAUACAGAAGAACUUACUACGUGAAGAUUUCAUUGCUCCUCUAAGAACUGCUGUUCUUUCAAUGAGAGGUCUUCAAAGACCCGAUGAAGUACAAGAUGUUAAAAUGUUUGAAAAUGUUAAAAUUGUUACGAAUGAGAACUUAUCAGUUCCCAAGUCUGAUAUGCUUCUUGUUGAUGUCUUUGCUCAUGCCAAGGACCAAUGUGAUGAUGUAACUUUUUCAAAACAAACUGAGGAACUAAAGUAUCUUAUUUGUGGGUCAUUGUUGUGUUUUUCUACAACUGAAAAUUUUGAUAAUCUUAUACUGGCUGUGGUAUCGAAUUCGGAUGCGGAAACUAUGAAUCAGGGAUAUAUAAACAUUGAAAUAAUCAACCAACGUAAUGUGGGUAGAAUUAUUGGUGUAACACUCCAAAUGAUGGCAUGUCCUGUAUUCUUUGAACCAUAUCGUCAUGCAUUUAACGUCUUAAACACAUACAACGAAGACAAUUUUCCAAUGACAAAUUACAUUGUUUAUACAGAGAAUCAACAAAAAAUGCCACGUUAUCUUUCCACUGACAUUCCUCCAAAAUACACUUAUCAAAGAAGUUCAUUUAAUCCUUUGCUUUUAGAAACCUACCCUAGCUCGAUUAAAUCCGACCUAACCGAUACUCAAUUGGCUGCAUUUCAAUCGGCUCUAAGUAAUGAAUUUUCACUCAUUCAAGGACCUCCAGGAACUGGAAAAACUGAAAUAUCAACAAGAAUUGCAGUAACACUCUUGGCAAAUACCACUUUGCCAAUUAUAAUUGUUGCAUAUACAAAUGAUGCAUUAGAUAAGUUUAUACUCAAGAUGCUCUCUCAUACUGAUAGUGUUGUUAGAUUAGGCAAUCAAUCGAAGAAUGAAGCACUUAACAAAUAUGGCGUGAAAGAAAUCUUUAAUACAAUUAAAGGUGAUCAAAGAUGCAAACGUCUGUAUUAUGCCACUAAAAUGGAAUACAGUGAUAAAUUUUCAAUCCUUCAAAAACUUCAAGUUGAUUUUGAUGGCACUGAAGAGGAAUAUCAGAAAAUUAUUGCUGCUCAGGAAGAUUUGAACACAGUUUCAAGGAAGCUUGAAAACCUCAAGAUGAUAUCGACCUAUUUGGCUGUCAAGGAUAAACGUAUCAUAGCCAUGACCACAACUUGUGCUGCCAAACAUAACUUAAUGUUACAAUUUUUAAAGGAUUCAAUUGUGAUUUUCGAAGAAGCUGCUGAAGUUCUUGAAUCUCACAUUUUAUCAUCGAUAACCAAGUACACUCAACAAGUGAUCCUCGUUGGCGAUCAUUAUCAAUUGCGACCACACACGAGUGUCUAUAAGUCAAGUCGAGAGUACAAAAUGAAUAUCUCGCUCUUUGAAAGAAUGGUCAACAAUAAUAUCAACACUGUGGUGUUGGAUACACAAUUUCGAAUGCGUCCAGAAAUUGCCGAUCUUAUUCGACCAUUAAUCUACAAAGAUUUACAAGAUGGCAUAACUGUAAAAAGUUAUAACAACAUUCGAGGAAUUAAGAGCAACUUGUUUUUUGUUACUCAUCAACAUAAAGAGAACGCUACGAAUAAUCUUGAAAUGAGUAAAUUCAAUGAUUUUGAAAAAGUUUGGAUGUGUGAUGUUGCUACGUAUUUGCUCAAACAUAAAUACACCCACAAUGAUAUUGUAUUGCUGACUACAUACCUCAAACAAAAGGAUCGAUUGUAUAGUCAUAUCUAUCGAAAUUGUCCACACCUUCAGGGUAUACAUAUUUCAACUGUAGACAAUUUCCAAGGUAGAGAAGCUAAUAUUGUACUACUUUCGCUGGUUAGAAGCAAUUGGAACAAUCAAAUUGGAUACCUCAAAGAACAAAAUAGAAUUUGUGUAGCUUUGUCCAGGGCCAAGAUGGGACUUUAUAUUGUUGGUAAUAUGGAUCUAUUGGCUGAGUGUAGCGGUACAUGGGAUAAAAUUAGAGAGAAACUUAAUGUACUCGAUGCUAUUGGAGACAAAUUGCCAUAUACAUCGAAUGAUGGGAUUUUUGAAUCACCUCUGGCAUAGAAACGUCUUAGCUCAACGAUUGUACAUUUAAACUUUCAUCCGAAAACAGUCAAACACCCGAUAUCUAACGUAAUCUAAUAUUUUUUUUUCUAACACAAGUCAAAGCUAAAAUAAAUACAACAACAUGUGUCACAGUCAACUGAUUGCCUAACGGUUACAUAUUUUGGUUAUCGAAUCUAUUUGAGAUAUAAAACAACAGAUAAUUAUUA